UCACGGCUAAUUCCAUUCUCGCUUUCCCCAAUUCGCUUCCUUUCUUUUCCCCUUUCCUCGCCUCGCGGCAACCGCCAUAGCCAAGAACCGAACGGAACUUCGCCUCAGCUUCUACGGCGGCGGCGGCGGCUGAGCGCCGGCGGAGUGAGAUGGAGGAUGGCUGCAGCAAGGCGGCUAUGAGUGGUGGAGGAGGAGGAGGGAGCGGGAGCUGCGGCAAGAAGCCGUUCCACUUCGCGAGGUCCCUGACGUACCACCACCACCAGGGGCACCGGCUGCUGCCGCCGGCGGCGAAGUGGAGGCGGCACCAGCUCGCGGACGAGCCGCGGGCGAGGCCCAAGGCGGUGGUGCUGUACACGACGUCGCUGCGGGGGGUGCGGCGCACGUUCGCGGACUGCUCCUCGGUGCGCGCCAUCCUGCGCGGGUUCCGCGUCGCCGUCGACGAGCGCGACGUGUCCAUGGACGCCGCGUUCCGCCGCGAGCUGCAGUCCCUGCUCGACGCGCGCGGGCGCGCCUUCUCUCUCCCGCAGCUCCUGAUCGGGGGCCGCUUCGUGGGCGGCGCCGACGAGGUGCGGCAGCUGCACGAGAGCGGGCAGCUGCGGCGGCUCCUCGACGGCGCCGCCGGCCAGGACCCGGCCUACGUCUGCGACGGCUGCGGCGGCGUCCGGUUCGUCCCCUGCACCGCCUGCGGCGGCGGCCGCAAGGUGUUCAUCGAGGAGGAAGAUCGCGUGCAGCGUUGCGUCGAUUGCAACGAGAACGGAUUGGUACGCUGCCCUAAUUGCUGUUCUUGAUCGCCAAAGAUGUGAUCUUUCCUAUUCAAUUCGAGCUGCUAAUUAACGGAUUAGAGGCUUUAGAGUCAAGAAAGGAGGCGCCUUUCGGUUUCUGGGUGUGAUUUGUGUGCGUCCGACUCAUUUGGGGAUUGGAUUUGCUGCUCAUCGAGGAGAGAAUGAAUUGUUCUUGGCUCCUUGAUGCAAUAUUGCCAUGGGGUGAUGGCGAUUGAAAAAAAAAAUAAGAGCCGAUGGUUGCAUGUAUUGUAUAUGUAUGUAAGAUUGUCACUGAUAUUAACAUGUAAAUACUUGAGUUUGGGGUGAUCAGUUCUUGUGUA